AUGGUUUUCAGAUCCCCUUUAGAGCUUUAUCCCUCCCAUUUCUUCCUGCCAAACUUCGCUGAUCGCCCUCUGCUCCUGGCGAACAGCGCUCCCACCACCAGGUCUCCAGAAGACUUGUCCAUGUUUCAGCUACCGACCCUCAACUUCUCCCCGGAGCAGGUGGCGAGCGUCUGCGAGACGCUGGAGGAGACCGGGGACAUCGAACGGCUGGGCCGCUUCCUCUGGUCCCUGCCCGUGGCUCCGGGAGCAUGCGAGGCGAUCAACAAGCACGAGUCCAUCCUGCGCGCCCGGGCCGUGGUGGCGUUCCACACGGGGAAUUUCAGAGACCUCUACCACAUCCUGGAGAACCACAAGUUCACCAAGGACUCGCACGGCAAAUUGCAGGCCAUGUGGCUGGAAGCGCAUUACCAGGAGGCCGAGAAGCUCCGCGGUCGUCCCCUCGGACCGGUCGAUAAGUACCGGGUGCGGAAGAAGUUUCCGCUGCCUCGGACCAUCUGGGACGGCGAGCAGAAGACGCACUGUUUCAAAGAGCGGACACGGAGCCUGCUGAGGGAGUGGUACCUUCAGGACCCAUAUCCAAAUCCCAGCAAGAAAAGGGAACUGGCUCAAGCCACUGGACUCACUCCUACACAGGUCGGAAACUGGUUUAAAAACCGGAGGCAACGAGACAGAGCCGCGGCGGCCAAGAACAGGCUCCAGCACCAAGCAAUAGGACCGAGCGGUAUGAGGUCCCUCUCAGAGGCCGGUCUCACCCCUCACAGCUCGGCAGAGUCGCCUUCGACCGCGGCCAGUCCCACCACCAGCGUUUCCAGUAUGACAGAGAGAGUUGAUACUGGGACGUCCAUCCUGUCCGUCACAUCCAGUGACUCGGAGUGCGAUGUAUGA